AUGAUCGGCCUCGCCGUCUGCCAAGUCUCCGGCACGGGCAAGACGAGCAUGAUCCGUCUCUCUGUCUGCCAAGUCGUCGAUACAAGCUCCAGAGAGACACAGGCACUAAUUCUUUCGCCAACGCGCGAGCUGGCGGUGCAGACGGAGAAGACGGUGCUGGCGGUGGGCGACUUCAUGAACGUGCAGGCCUACGCCUGCAUUGGCGGCCGCUCCAUUGGCGAGGACAUCCGCAAGCUCGAGUUCGGCGUGCAGGUGCGACUCGAGUUCGGCGUGCAGGUGCGACUCGAGUUCGGCGUGCAGGUGCGACUCGAGUUCGGCGUGCAGGUGCGACUCGAGUUCGGCGUGCAGGUGCGACUCGAGUUCGGCGUGCAGGUGCGACUCGCAUUGCGCUGUAUGUGUGGCGCGCGUCCGCGGUGCAGGUGCGAUGAGGAAGCGAGGGGAAGGUUCAGCGGCGCGCAGGUAGGGAGUCACACGCGCGAUUUCAUGAACUUGCAGGCCUACUCCUGCAUUGGCGGCCGCUCCAUCGACCAAGAUAUCCCGCAAGCUCAAAUUUGGUGUUCAGGUGCGACGCGCAUCUGCGCCGCUGCAGCUGGGAAUCCCCCCUGCGCGGGCGAGUGA